ACUGCGUCCCCCAUUCUAUUUCUAGGGUUCCAUAGACGCAACAUUCUAAACGCGCUGGAAAUUCCAGUGUUUUCCACACACUGGCUCAUUAGCAAAGUUACACUUUCUGCUGCUACAUCUGAGUUUAAAGAUUGCAAUAAUUACUGUAUGAAUUGGCUAACAAGACUCGGUCAUGUCUAGAAGAAGUGCAAGGCUUCUUAAUGGAGGGUACUAUGACCAGUCCUCUGAUGAUGAAUCCUCUGGCUCCAUUGUCUCCUACAAGGAAAGCCCUGUGCCUAGGGUAUUCAACAAGAGGAAAAUGAGAACUGGGGGCCAUAAGGGAAUCCAAAAUCCAAAUCGGCCAAUCAACGGCGAUGAAUUAAUUGGCAUGGUGCCAACUGUGAGGGCUGUCCAGAGAAGGCAGACCUUCCUGUCUCCUACUGUGGUCCCUGUUCCUGUGACCCCUGCUGCCUCUGUGGCCCUGCAGCCCAGCAUGAGCUCCUCCAGCAUUGGCUUCACCAGAAUUGACAGCUCUGGCUACUGCUCUGAUUCUGAGGAGCCACUGAGGGCCAAGCCAUGUUCCAGCGGGAUAGGCACUAGGGCCAGCGCUAGCUGCAGCUGGUCAUGUUUCCCGAAUGGUUUGCCAUCCUGGUUUGUCAUCUUCCUCCUGCCUGUUCUCCUGACCUUCCUAUUUGUCUUUCCGAUUGUGUUCCCCACCAUGAACCUCAACCUUCCAAUGAACCGCCCGACUCAACCUGACUCUCCACUCGACCUGACUCCAAAGGCUACGUAUGGGAGUCCUAUCAUGGAUUCAGCUCUCAAAAACAAAAUGGACACCAUCCAGAGAGAGAUUGAGAUCCUUAAACAGAAAGCACACCAGCACCAAGGCAUUUCCCAGCAGAUGGUACAAAGACUGAAUAUAGACAUGAGGGGAGUAAGGAGCGAGAUUAACAACGUCAGAGAGAAGGUGAACAGUGUCUCUAUUUCUGUCUCUGCUGCCGGAGAGCGUCUGGCCCAGGACGCUGCAGAGUUCAGCAGCAAGAUGUCUGAUUUCCAAGAGGAACAAUCCAUUACCACACAGCUGGUCAGAGCCCUGGAGGACACCAGUGAUACGCUGCAGCAACAGGUGACCUCCAUUCAAAACCAUCCUCCCCCUGCUCCCACACCAGAAAACAUACACAUGACACCUGCUUUUAAAGAGGCCAUGGAGAAAUGGCUGAGUGACCGACUGGCCCAGAAUGAGAGAUGGGACGUGAAACAGUUGAUAAAGGAUUGCAGUCGUCCAUUGGCGGACCGACUGCCUGACUUUGCCUUGGAGUCUCAAGGUGGCAGUAUUGUAACCAGCAGAUGCUCUGAGACUUAUCAGACCCGUUCGGCCUGCGUGAGCUUCCUGGGGAUUCCCCUGUGGUAUCCUGCAGAGACCCCUCGGACCGUCAUCCAGGGCCAGCAGGUGCUGCCUGGCAAGUGUUGGCCAUUUCCUGGGGCCCAGGGCACUAUGACCAUUGCCCUGUCUCACCCCAUCCACGUGACCCACGUCUCUCUGGAACACCUCUCCACUGCAGUCUCCCCUAAUGGGCGCAUCGACAGCGCCCCCAAGGACUUUGCAGUCUACGGAAUGUCUACUGUCGGCGAAGAGGGAUCACUGCUCGGAAUGUUUACUUAUGACCAGGCUGGAGAUCCCCUACAGACGUUCGAAUUGCCUAACCCUACUGCAGUGUAUCGGUAUGUGGAGCUCCAUGUCCUCAGCAACUGGGGUCACCAGGACUACACCUGUGUGUACCGCUUCCGGGUUCACGGCAAGAUGUCUUUCUUUUGAGGGCGAUCGGCUAUCCAUCUCAACCCCUGUGUGUGUCCACCCCAACCCCAGAAUUUUCAUUUUCAUACUGGAGCAUAUAUUUUGCCUCUAAAUAAAAUCUCUAUUGGGCAGUGUU